AUGAAUCUAUCCUCUUACAGCUUUCUUGCACAUGAACGCAAUGCUUUGGUCUCCGAUGAGUUCUGGCGUACUCAAUACUGCUUUCUCUUCUCACGCGGCUAUGAACUCCAUCCUUCGCUAGCGCCAGCUGCUGGCGACGACAUAUCCAAUCCGAUUACCGAGCUGGGCUUAAUCGAUGCAACGCGAGUCGCAGAUGGUCUCGCAGUUUCCAUCCGGUCGACAACCGCGAGGGCUGUAGCCGCGCAUGUGCACGCCGCGACCCACGCGCGGGCGCCCUGGGAUCACAUAUGCAACCAUAUAGCACCUGUCGUUGACGUUCUCAGUAGCAGCGAGGCUGGCGGCCCGGACAGGGCCUGUGUCUUCGUUGUGAUGCCGCGACUAGUCAAGCCUUCGGCGCACAUACGGACAGUUUCGGAUGUCACCGACUUUGUGGCGCAGUCCCUAGCGGCUCUUGUGACCCUUCACGAAGAUCCAGUGGGCAUGGCUCUCGGUGGUUGCGCUUUAAAUGACUUUGGCGUGCACUGCGAACCUGAUCUCGAAGGUCAGGUCAACAUUCGUUACUGCAUCACCAACUUCGCGCGAGCUGUGCAUCUCGGGGACAACGCUGGUCCUAGUAUCAAUACUGAUCGUCGCGUCGCGUACGCGGCGGACGUUGCAGCACUUGGAUCCAUGUUGACCACUGAUUUCGCGGAGCGCUACACGAACGUAUCGUUUUUGGCGCCACUCAUCACCGAGACAGAUCUCAAAUUCGGGAAACCGGCGAUCAGACUUUGCUCUUUCUGGAGGCAAACGACCACGCAGAAUCCUCUAUACAGUCUCUUACCACGGCCCAGAGUUCGCCGCUUGCGUGGUCGGGACGAGGCUCUCGUGCAUCGGAUCCUCGCAUAG